UGUUUAGUUUUUGAUAAAUCAUUGCCGAAUCAACAUCUCUUUAAUUAUUAUACAGACGAGAAUCGCUCAUACACAUCCGACUCAGGGCAUUCGAAUUAUUUUGCGCGUACAUGAUAACAGAGUAAUCGUAUAAAUUGUGUCUUGCUGGUGUGAUCAUUUAUGUGCUGCAUACACUGUCUGUGUGUAUUUCACGUGCAAUUAAGAUAAUUUUUUGCCAUUGAAUGAAAAGAUAUUCUUAAAAGUGAAUAAAAUCGUGAUUUUGGUUCAUUGAAACGUUUGAGUGUAACACUCAGAAUUUGUCGAAUGAAUUUUUUGUUUGCACCGUAAACCAAUUUCGUUUAAUGAGCUGAUCUUUGAACGCCACAUAAGGAAUUAGGAUUAAUAUAUUGGGUUCUCCACAGCAUUUCGUACGUCUGUUUUGAGAAAUGGGAAACACAUUGUGCAAAGAAAGAAUUGAACGAGCCGAGAAUUCGAAAAGUCCUGUCGAUCGAGUGAUUGGACGAUGUGCACAGAUCUGUCCGAGCUCCUUUGGUAACAACAAAAGUAACUCAAAUUACUGGAAAAACAAUAUACUGGAAACCGGUCCACCAACACGCCAUCAACCCAAAGCAACGAAUCCGAACGAAUGGCGAACUGUCACACUGAACACCGUUCCGAAGUCAGAUCCAUCCAUUCCAGGCAAACUUUCCGACAUUCCAAUUGCCCCGCCGCGGAAAAAACGGAACACUUUGCAACGGAAUCCCGGUGGUUUCAGAGAAGUGUUCGGAACGCCCAGCAGACGCUCGUCAUGUGAUAGUUUAGAAAAGUUUAACAGACCGAACUUAAAUGCGAAACGGAGAAAUUCGAGCGACGAUUUCACUGACUUCUCAAAGGAUUUGCCUUGUGAACGGAAAAUCUCUAAAGUUGGCAACAAGAAGUCGGAUAAAUUUCUCGGCGAAAAUUUGUCGGAUUGUUUGUCGAAUUCACCGUUUCUCGCAUCGACGCCAAUAUUGACGAAAAGAGUGGACAGCUCGUCUACGAACGUACCCAAAGAUGCUCUUGAAACGUUUGUAGAUUCUCACGUCGCUCAACCCGACCGAUCAUUGAAUAUUUCCAAAAUUGUACCAGAACAAGCCCAACAACCAAAUAUAGCCGAAUCAAAGCAAAGCCAACCCAUUCAAAUGCAUAUACAGUACUCGAAAGAACCGGAAAAACGACUGCCUGUGCUAACCGCCGCCAAAAGUGCAGUAGACGAAUCUGUUGACAAUUUGGAUAAGCGAACCGAAUUUCUAAUGACAAUGGUAAAUCAUGAAUUCAACAACUCAAAUGAGCCGCCUCUCCCAUCACAGCCGGAAGAAGUAUUAACCGUGCCGAAGCGUAGACGAUCGAAAAACAUAUCCAAUGAAGAUACUGUCACUGUUACAAGUGCCAUUUCUGAAACGAGUAGCCAACCUAAAUCGGAAGUAAUCGAACAAGUCGUUGAAAUUCUUCGAAAUGGACAGGUCGGGUCAGGCCAAGACUUGAAAUUGGAUGUGACACAAAAGAAAAAGGAAUUCCCAAAAUCCAAUCCUGAUUCACCCAACAUUUACGCUCAUUUGCAGCCGAUCGAGCACGAGCUAAUCGUUCCCGUUCGAAAGAAUUACAAGUGCAUCUGCGACGACGAAGACCAUGUACACAAGCAUUCACAUUCACGUAGUCAUGGUCAUUCGCAUGAACAUUCAGAUAUUGCUGAUGGACGAUCUAGUAUCCCCGAUGGUAUCAUAGAGCAUGUCAAAGUGGAAGAGAAUAAGGUCCAAGAGAAUGUUUCACCGAAAAAGCCAGAACGUGACUUCUCCAGGUAUCGAAAAUCGGAAGAUUUGUCCAUAUUGGAGGAGCCCAGAGACGAGUCACUGGACAGUGUCAUCGAAUCCCAAAUUAUACGACCGGAACGCAAAAAAGGCCGCAGCAUUUCUAGAGACAGUUUACCGUUACCACCUCCCCGACCAGUCAAACUAAUCAUCGAUCGAAAAAUAAGUUUGCCAGAGCCGAACAAAGCAGCCAAAAGCCGAAAGAUUAGCUUACAAGAACCGAUGCGCGGAUUAUUCGAAAAUCAGAAACUUCCUGACACUCCCGUCACACCGUUAAACACGCCGAUGCUGAACGAUAACGAGUACGAGAAAAUCGAGACAUUCCUGAAGAAAUGCAGCAGUUCCCAGUCAUUCCUCACUAAAGAAUUGAUGGACCAAUUGGUGGAUAAAGUGUACGGUUACUCGAGAAACUGGGACGACCAAAUGGAAGAGGGCAUGUUGCACACAAAAUGUAACGAUGGUUCGGAAAAAGUUGGUCCCAGUUCAAAAUUGACGACACGAAAAAUUUCCGUCAUCAAAAAGGAUUCGCCUCCGAUUAACAUCCAAGAGAAUAUUGCCGAGGUCAAAAAGGCAACGUUCUUAAUCGGCACAACUGAUCUGCAAAUAGAAGAGCCCAUUGCGUUAGUAAAAGAAAACGCCGUUGUGCUUCAACCGGCCGAUCCGAUAACACCAAACACAUCGAGUCUCAUCAAACGUACUGACACAGUUCUCGAACUGCUACCAAACGGUGCUGCACGAGUUGACCAGGCUGAAACCACAGAUAAAACUAAAAAUGAUUCUAGUCCGACAUCUGUUCCAACGACUUUGACUACUGUCGCAUCUAAUCCGGAUCUUGAAGUGGUGAAAGUUUUGCUAAAAUCUACUGAAAUUAAUCGAGGGUCUGAGACAAACGUCUUGAAAGACAUCUACAAGAAGAACCAGGAGAUCAUGGACGAUUUCAAGGACUACUUGGAAGAUAAGAAAAUCAACGAAGAGAUGAUGAAAGUGGCCAACAACACCGAAGUGAACGUAAUCAUUGACGAAGAAACCGACAAAUCUCACAGCCUGUUCCCCGAUCACGUUAGCGUAAGCAGUUUCGAUUCGGCCAACGACUCCGACACCGAUACCGACGACAUAGCCGCGAACAAUAAACGAUUAGCCAUUGCCGAUGAGCCACGCCGUGGCAGUAUUGUCGACCAUGAUCAAUGGUUUCUGAAACAUCGCGAUCUAUCUAAUCAGGGACGUCGGGGAUCGGAUUGUCCAACCUAUGACACAACGAAACUGUUUCCAUUCGGCAAACGAGAGAAAACCUAUUCGGAAUCGAGUGAAUUCUUCUUCACAGACGAUCAGAAAAAGUCAAAAAGUUCCGACCAUGUCAAUUUGGAUGGGGCCGACGCAUUUGACCAUUCCACUUUGUUGAAAUACUUCAAUACGACCAGUCCGACAACCAAUCUGAAUAAAACGCAAAAUUGAUCGAGAUGUGGACGUGGGAGCCUUAGUCUUAAAGUUUACUCUACGAGGGUGUUCGGCUGUUUGUUAUAGUCACAGUAUAUACCAGUAGUUACCAUUGAGUUACCAUAGAGUUACCACAAGCUUUCAAAUAAAAAUGUCACGUUCUUUCGUCACAUCGAACCGUCGUUGUACAUAUAUAGAUAAAGUGUUGCCAGGUAAGGUGCUAUUUACAUUACACAUAUGCAGUGCAGUUAUUUGUUGAUGCUAUGCAAUUAAACUUUCCAAUUAAA